CUGAGCAAGCCGAGCCCAGCCCUGCGAGGCACGUCGGCCAGUAUAUAAGGCGCGCAUGGCCUCCAAUUUCGAGUCAGAUCCACUCCAACCACCAGCACACCAUGUUUCUUGUGGGCCGCUUUGUUCCAGCAGUGCUGGCGGCGGUGCUGGCAGCCGGGUCGCUGGGGGCGGCCACCGCCGAGGCCCCGCUCAGCGGCUACACCUACCCGGCGCCCGUCACCGGCAGCGUCAACACCAACUUCCCGCCCGCGCCGCCCGCCGUGGUCAUCAACAACGGCAUCGCCAGCAACUCCAACGGCUACGUAAGCCCGUCCCUGCUCGUGGCCUCGCCGCCCCCAGCCACGCAGAACAUCGUCGUGGACAACAGCUACCCGAACCGCUACAGCAACGACUACCAGGAUGCUGAUGUCCACAAGCACGUGUACGUCCACGUCGCGCCUGAAGAGCCAGCAGAACAGGUGGCGCCGCUGGUGGUGAACGCACCACGCAAACCCAAGAAGCACUACAAGAUCGUGUUCAUCAAGGCCCCCACCGUGCUGCCGCCCGCCGCCGCCUACGUCAACGUCCCGCAGCCCGACCAGGAGAAGACCCUCAUCUACGUGCUCUCCAAGAAGCCCGACCUGCAGCAGUCCCUGGUGCUCAGCACCCCUGCACCCACCCAGCCCGCCAAGCCCGAGGUGUUCUUCAUCCGCUACAAGACCAACGAGCUCAAGCCUCAGAACCAAAUCGUUUACCAGGGCGGACAGCCCGUCAACAGUGGCAACGCUCUUCUGGGCACUAACGGCCUGAAGGUCCCGACCAACAGCUACGGGGUCCCCCUCGGCGCGCCCCUCGGCAGCAUCAACUACUCCAGGUCGGACGCCGGUCAGGCCGCCGGCACCUACAACACCGUCUGAGGCUGGGCAGCGGGCCGCACGGCGACCAUCGUGUGACAUCCAAACGACACCUGCUGAUUGGCCACGGAAUGGGUAAAAGGGGUGGUUCCUCGAAUUAGCGAGUAUGGAAGACCCGUCUGCCCUGACUGCCAUGUUGUUUUAUUUGUCUCGGUUGCUUCGAGCAUUCUUUUGACCCCGGUGGACGUGAACUCCCGGAUGUCUGGCUAAGCAAAUGCGAUACUUUGGCAAAAGCUUUUAUGACUGUUAUUCGUUGACCAAAUAAAGAAAAAUAUGUUCA